CAUCACCUCCACUAAACCUUCAAAAACAGAAAGAAAAAAUGGACCCAGACGCCUUCUCUUCAAGCUUGUUCAAAUGGGAACCAAGAGCCGCAAUGCCCCCACCAAGCAGGCUCCUAGAAGCCGCCGCCGCGUCGGCGCAUCCGCCGCCCCAGCUCCAUGCAGCGGCGGUGGCUUCCGCCGCCUCCUACUCCGUGCGGACGCGGCCGGAGCUGGGGCUAGGAGGGCUAGAAGAGCUGUUCCAAGCUUACGGCAUCAGAUACUACACCGCCGCCAAGAUUGCCGAGCUGGGCUUCACCGUGAACACGCUGCUGGACAUGAAGGAAGACGAGAUUGACGACAUGAUGACCAGCCUGUCCCACAUCUUCCGGUGGGACCUGCUGGUCGGCGAGCGCUACGGCAUCAAAGCCGCCGUCCGGGCCGAGCGCCGACGCCUCGAGGAGGAGGACUUGCGGCGGCGCCACCUCCUCUCCGGCGACGGCACCAACGCCCUCGAUGCUCUCUCUCAAGAAGGGUUAUCAGAGGAGGGGGUGCAGCAGCAUGAGAAGGAAGCGGUGGGGAGCGGCGGCGGCGGAGGGGCGUGGGAAGUAGUGGCGGCGGCGGCGGGGGGUAAGGCAAAGCAGAGGCGAAGGAAGAGUGUGGGUAAGGCGGCGAGAACGGGUGGGGGGUCGAUGGAGGAGGAGUAUGAAACGGAGGGGCAGGAGGAGGAUGAGGAGGGCGACGGCGGGGGCGGGAUAAGCGAGAGGCAGAGGGAGCACCCGUUCAUUGUGACGGAGCCGGGGGAGGUGGCCCGUGGGAAAAAGAAUGGCUUGGAUUAUCUGUUCCACUUGUAUGAGCAGUGCCGGGAAUUCUUGAUACAGGUCCAGAACAUUGCCAAGGAAAGGGGUGAAAAAUGUCCCACCAAGGUAACGAAUCAGGUAUUUAGAUAUGCGAAGAAGGCAGGGGCGAGCUACAUCAACAAGCCUAAAAUGAGGCACUACGUCCACUGCUACGCACUGCAUUGCCUUGACGAGGAGGCAUCUAAUGCAUUGAGGCGAGCUUUCAAGGAGAGGGGGGAGAACGUCGGGGCGUGGAGACAGGCCUGUUACAAGCCCCUCGUCGCCAUUGCUGCCCUCCAAGCUUGGGAUAUCGAUGCCAUCUUCAAUGCCCACCCCCGCCUCUCCAUCUGGUACGUCCCCACCAAGCUCCGCCAGCUUUGCCACGCAGAACGCAGCAAGGCUUCAGCACCUACCUCCUCCUCUGUUUCGGUUUCCAUUCCCGCCACUGCUUGCUCCCACCUCCCGCUCUUCUAA